AUGACCGCCGCCAACGGCACAUCAACACCCUCCCUCACAUCCAGCACCUCCUCACCAACCUCCAUCCUCUUCGUCUGCCUGGGUAACAUCUGCCGCUCUCCAAUGGCCGAAGGCGUAUUCCGACACCUCCUCGCCUCCUCACCCUCCCAUCCCCCAAUCACGCGCAUCGACUCCUGCGGCACCGGCGCCUACCACAUCGGCGACCCUCCCGAUCCGCGCACCAUGUCCGUGCUCGAGGACCACGGCAUAACAACCUACCGGCACCGCGCGCGGAAACUCACGCGCAGGGAUUUUGGGGAGUUCGAGUGGAUCAUGGCGAUGGAUGAGGAUAACCUGGAGUAUUUGGUCAAGAUGCGGCGCAAGAUUGUUGAGAAUGAGGGAAUGAGCGAGGAAGAGGCGGGGAGGCUGGGGAAGGUGGGGCUGUGGGGGGAUUUUGGGGGGAAUCCGGGGGAGGAGGUCGUGGAUCCGUAUUAUGGCGCGAGGGAUGGGUUUAGUAUUGCGUAUGAGCAGAUGGUCAGGUUUUCGAGGGGGUUCUUGAGGUUCUUGGAGGAGAAGAAAGAGCAGGGGGCGUUGGACGAGCUAAAUAAGUCGUGA